AUUGCUUGCGUAGCGCGUAUACGCCUCGAUUUAAACGCGCAAUUAUGGUGCCAACUUGCGCAAUUUUUUUGUUCUCGCCGCGGCGGCCGCCUCGGAACGCGCAACUGGUCUGGCAACGUUCAUCCGGGAGCUCGCUGUGCGGAGUUUCUGGCGCAUGCGCAGAGAGGUCGCUACAAGAUUUGUUAGGAAAAGAGUGGUGCGAUGUUUCCGAAAAAUCCAAAGAAUCCUCGUUACGAAUUGACUCCAGCAGCAUGAAAACUAACAAGAACGGUGCUUCGAUAGUGGCCUAGCACCGUGCCGCAGGUCCCGAGCCGGCGAAGGUGCCCGUCGACGAGGUGAACCGCCGCGAAGAGUACGAUAUUGUCAGAGUCGCCCAGUAUCCUUCCAAGAUGGCGGCGUAUUUUCGUUGAAAAAAAUUGACAGGGUAUCCCCCCACCGUCACCAGUUCGUUCUCUCCGAGCGGGCUCCUGCCGAUUCCUGCCUCUCGAAAUGGAGCUUCGAGUCGGCAACAAGUACCGGCUCGGACGGAAAAUUGGCAGCGGAUCCUUCGGGGAUAUUUAUUUGGGGACAAACAUAACCACGGGGGAAGAGGUGGCCAUCAAGCUCGAGUGCAUCAAGACGAAGCACCCGCAGCUGCACAUCGAGUCCAAGUUCUACAAGAUGAUGCAGGGAGGUGUCGGCAUCCCCCUCAUCAAGUGGUGCGGCUCGGAGGGCGACUACAACGUCAUGGUGAUGGAGCUGCUCGGCCCCUCGCUCGAGGACCUGUUCAACUUCUGCAACCGCAAGUUCUCGCUCAAGACGGUGCUGCUGCUGGCAGACCAGCUUGUGUCGCGCGUCGAGUACAUUCACUCGAAGAACUUCAUCCACCGCGACAUCAAGCCCGACAACUUCCUCAUGGGGCUGGGCAAGAAGGGCAACCUGGUGUACAUCAUUGACUUUGGGCUGGCCAAGAAGUACCGGGACUCUCGGACGCACAACCACAUCCCCUACCGGGAGAACAAGAACCUGACGGGCACAGCGCGCUAUGCCUCGAUCAACACGCACCUGGGCAUUGAGCAGAGUCGCCGGGACGACCUGGAGAGCCUCGGCUACGUGCUGAUGUACUUCAACCGGGGCAGCCUGCCCUGGCAGGGACUGCGGGCGGCCACCAAGCGGCAGAAGUACGAACGCAUCAGCGAGAAGAAGAUGUCGACGCCCAUUGAGGAACUCUGUCGCAGCUUCCCCUCGGAGUUUGCCACCUACCUGAACUACUGCCGGUCGUUGCGCUUUGACGAGAAGCCCGACUACUCGUACCUGCGGCAGCUCCUACGCAACCUCUUCCAUAGGCAGGGCUUCACCUACGACUACGUGUUUGACUGGAACAUGCUCAAGUUUGUGAGGCGGCAAUCGGAGCCAGGCUGGCGGUGCAGAGGCGGGGGCCACGGGAGUGGUCGGGGCCGAGGGCGGGCCAGAGGUGGGUCACCGUGCCCAGGGGGGCGCCCAGCAGGCGCACCACGCGUCGACGGCGGCCUCGCGGGGCCUUCCCCCAACGACGGCGUCGGGCUCGCAGCGGCCCCCGUACCGAGGGACCUUCCUGAGCGGCAUGAACGGCGAGCAGCACGCCAUGCCCGCAUCUCCCCCCUACCCCCCCUGGAGGAAGGGCGCCGACCACCACAACGCCGCCUCCGGAGCGCUCACAAAGAGCGGUGUAGCAAAAGCAUCGGACAGGUAGAGCAACGGCAUCGCAAGCACUGAUGGGUCCCUGCCACUAUUGUUUAUUUUUUUCUCUCUCUCGCUCCUACCUCUGCCCUCUGCAGUGGGGUUGAAGGUGGGGGGGCCCGAGGGGGUUGCUGCUGCUGCCGAGCUGCUCCCCCGAGCGGGACCGUUAACCAUUUGACACCUCAAGUAGGAGCUUGAGGUGGCUUUGUUGUCCAGUCAAGAAGACUCGGAAAGAAGAGAGGAGGGGGUCACACGAGAUGGUCUGGCUUGCCAUCUCUCUGUCCGAUCCAUCACGCAUCACACUGCAAGGGAACAAGAAGUUGUGGCGGCUUCGGUGACAGGACUGCGUGCUCUUCCCUCCUUUCUGGGUCAAGCUGCUGCAUGUCCCGCAUCGUGGUGUGCCGGCUACAGCACUGUCUGCUUGCUUGUGGAGUUGCGGCGGCGACUCUGCAGACGACGGGACUGCGACGUUUAGGGGGAGUCUUGUGUUGGGCGAGCUCUCCGCAGCCUUCCCUCUCUACGUUUCUACGUGGCAGAUCGUGUUUCCCCUCUGCGCAUGUGUGUGUGUGUGUGUUCCCCCUCCCUACUUUCGCUCCUUGGCAGGGACAGCUGAAAGAAAAAGGAGAAAAAAAAAAACCUUGCAAAUUGUGGCCCUUUCGCUGUGCUCUUGGGGCACGUAAUCGUUCAACAUUAAAAGGAAAGAAGCAGCGUACCUCUAAGCAAGCGCAAAAUAGCUGGCCAGUUGCUGUUCCUUUUUCUUUGUGUUGCAGUUCUUGUGUGUCCGUGUGCCGAUUUUGGCAUGAGCGGAUCUUGAAUGUGGAGAGGUGCGCAUUGGCUUCACUUCCCAAGAUGUGUUCUUUCCGAACUGUUUUUUUUUUUUUUCCCCACCUGCUUUAGCGACUCCCGUAAGGGAAACCGAGUGACCCUGCUCCGUUGGAGUUGAUGAACGCUACCGUAUAUCUACUUCAACGAGCACGCUUUUUGUGCAGUGUUGUUCGUGCCUCUACCUUGCUCGUCCCAUCCCAUUCCCUCCGAAUCCCUACACCCUCUCCCUCUGCACUUCAGUUUUAUUUUCUAUGCAGGCUCAACGGACAGUCUGCUGCUUUUUUUUUUGUCUGGGUUGGCAUCAGUCACUUACGUAGAGCCAUCCCGACGUCAUUGCAUAGAAACGAAAUCUCAAGAAGUCUUCUUGGCUAGUGCUUUAGCAGGCUUUGUCAAGAAAGAAUCGUUGUUCUGGGUGGAGGCGUACGGCAACUCAGGGGAAUAGGAAGAGACGUUUGCUGCUACCUAGCUCUCAUCACCGGUGAGGAGCCGUCUGUAAAUUAUGUCAUGUGCAUAUAUAACGUAGGUGCGAGAGCGCUGUGCACAAAAUGAGCACCAAAGUGAAGGAAGUGUUCACAGCUAAAUGGGGAGGGUGGAAGGGUUGCAGAGGGCAGGGUGUUGUUUAAGAAGCCGUGCAUUGUUUGGUGAUGUAGAGCCCCACUUCCUUCGUUUCGUUCGUCUCAUGUAUGUGUGCAGUUCUUUAUUUUAGUUUCUGUAGGUGCAUAGGAAGCUGCAUUGUGUUCUUGUCUCUGUGAUGA